UAAACAGCAUUUUAAUGGGCUUCCAGCACAAGGCUCCUCUUUCACUGAAUUUCGCUCUGGGACUCCGCCGUUCCUCACGGAUUUUUGUGUAAUUCUAUGGUACCUGUUAGUGUCUAGAAUUUACAGGGUUUGUGUUACGCACAGUGACCCUCAGUCACUCGCCGUUUUUCUUCCGGCACCAGGCUCCGAGAUUAUGAUGAUGAUUAUCAUGAUUUUUAUAUCAUCAUCAGAUAAAUCAUCUUCCUCUGACUUAUUCUGUUUUUAUCCAUAAUGGGAACUAUGAUGAUAUUGAUGAUGAUGGUGGUGAUGAUGAUGAUCCUCUGUGAUUCAGCCAAUGAGAAGCUGGCUCUCUUCCUCAGUCGUUGUGGUCUCAGUAUUCAGAUUUCCUUCAUUUAAAUUUCCUCUGUGACGUUUCGCUGACGUCACGUCCUGAACAAAUCAAACGAUCCCUCCGCUAAUUGUUAGCAUAUGAAAUUUUUCCUGCAUGUCUGGAGGCUCAGACUCAGCAGAUUAAAACUGGAUUGAGUCUUUUGAAGACGGGUCAAGCUUUUAAAGGUUUCUCUUCCCAUUAAAACCGGUGCAAGCCCCCCCUCCUCCUUUAAUCUGCCCUGCUCUGUAACAUCUGUCCCCGUCUCUGCAAGUCUUCCUCUCAGUGAAUGAUCCGCCUGCUGUUGUUGCUGCUGCUGCUGCAACUGAUGCUGAUCCUCAACACAACCGGCAGAAAACGUUUCUUCUAAAAAAAAAAGGGAAAAAAAGAACUGAUGCUCCUUUUUCCUGCUGAGGAAUCGGCCGUCUCUGUGCAGGAUCAGGUAAAUCAGCUUCCUCUGGCUUAUUCUGUUUUUAAUGAGAAGUUCAAAGGUUCAACUGAAAAUCCUGAACGGUUUGUAAGAAUUUAAUCAGAACUCCUUAGAUACAUAGUUUAGGAUGUAAUUAUGCAAAAGCUUCGUGAAUUGUGUCUUUAACUGGAGUUGAAGUAUGAAAUAUUCUUUGUAGUGGCUUUUAACUACGCCUUAAAGUUUCGGCCGCUAUUAAGGGAUGAGGCGUUCACUGACAUCACGGAAACGGGAAUGAUUUCGUUUGAAUUUUAUUCGUUUCCUCUCCAACUUAACACUUGUUUAAUUUCAUUCUCAACUGGCUGAUUUUAUGACCGGUGAAUGACUUUUAGAAACAGCAGAAAUAACUUAAACAAAACAUGCUAACCUCACAUAUGUGAAAAGUACAACAAAAACCUGAGAAAUAAAAUAUCUUAUUGUUGUAUUUACCAUAUCAAUCAAUACACAUACAGAUCUUUACAUAAUUAAUGCACCACACUGGGGUUAGUUUGAUUAUAUUUCUGCACUUUUUACAUCUUGUUCUGGUCUUGUUUGUGUUGUUUACAUCAACAUAAGGGUAAAAAAAGAAAAAGUCCAAUAAAUGCCACUGCAGUCCCGCCCAUAGAGAUGACAGAAAACAACAGAGGCUUUACUCAUUACACCGUUCUGUUUGGAGACAUGUCCAGGAUUAAAGGCUCAUUCUGACCAUCAGCUCUGAAAUCCUUUAUAUUUCUGAUGUGAAGAGGAAGAUUAAAGGAUCUGACCAUCAGAAUCUCAGCCUCUUGCAGAACAUUUACAGUUUAUGUUUCACCUGUUUGAUCAGGAACCUGCAGCAUUAGGCUUUUACAGAGUUUUCCUCUUCUCUUUCCACUGUUUCUUGGUUUGCUCGGAGAUUAUUUCUCAUUUUUCUCUUUCUCCUGCAGGUGCAGCAGCUGAAUGGCGGCAUUCUGCAGCAGAGACUCUGUCAGAUCUUCAGACGUGGAGAACUUGGUUUGCACGCUCAGUUCAUCUGAGGGAGUAGAAAACCCCCCUGACAUGAAGGUCCACUGCAGACCUGGAGGCAAUGAAGUGGUCCAUUCAAAGAGCUCCGGGUGUCAGACGGCUCUCCACCGCAGCGCCAUGGUGGGGAACAGUGAGACCACGGCCGCUCUGAUCGCUGGAGGCUGCGCUGUGGACCUGCAGGACCCACUUGGAAACACGGCGCUCCAUGAGGCGUCCUGGCACGGAUUCACACAGUGCGUCAAGCUGCUCGUUAAGGCUGGCGCUGACGUGCGCGUCAAGAACAAGGCAGGAAACUCGGCGCUUCACCUGGCCUGCCAGAACGCACACGCUCCCACCGCUCAGCUCCUGCUGCUCGGAGGUUCAAAUCCCGACGCCAAGAACAAGGUGGGCGAUACCUGUCUGCAUGUGGCUGCUCGCUACAACAACCUGAACCUGCUGAAGAUCCUGCUGAGGUCGCGGUGCCGCUUGAAUGAGACCAACCAGGUUGGAGACACAGCUCUUCACGUCGCAGCAGCUCUGAACCACAGGAAGGCUGUUCAGCUUUUACUGUCAGCCGGUCUGGAUGUGAGAGUCCGGAAUAACGCAGGAAAAACAGCGCUGGAUAAAGCCAGAGAGCACCAGAGCAAACAUGUGGCUCUGCUGCUCUCCAAAGUUCCUCAGGUACGUUACAUGAGGAGAAAGACGAUGAGGAAGCCCAGACUGAGAGCGCCGACUCGACCCGCCAAAGUCGGCGCCUUGAAGAUGGAGCAAACAGAACCCAGAUCAGACGGUAAGGAACUGGAUGCAGAAGAUCUCACCUCAGGAAGGAAACACAGUAAAUCGCAGAAGGACGAGUUCUGGGAUGAGGGUGGAAAAACCUUUCAGCUGUACACUCUGUACAGAGACAGGGAGGGCAGAGUGCGGCAGGCUCCUGCCAGCGGCUGCAUCUGCGAGUCGCUCAUAAAGAAGCUGCAGGGUGAUCUCACGACAACAAAGCAGGAGCUGAGGCUGCAGAUCCUGAAUGUCCAGGAGGAGCUGCACGGCCAGAUGGACAGGAUGGAGCGCCGCAACAAACACCAGCUCAGGAAGUUGGAGAUGUUGAUCCAGGAGAAAGCAGCAUCUGAGAGGAGGAGCCUUACAUCCAGGAUGGAGCAGAGAGCAGCACAGGACCGAGCAGAAGUUCUGAGGAACCAGGAUGCUCUGAGAUAUGAACUGAAGAGCUGGUGUCUGUCUCUGCUGGAGGACUUGGACAUCUCGGUUCCAGCUGAGACCGUUUACCAGAACCUGCUGCUGUCUCCGUCCGCAGCAGAAACGGAUCUGGAGUCGGUGCCGCUGCUGUUUUCUGGAGACAGCAGCCCCUCUGUGUCCGCCAGCACCCUGAGACCAAGAGGAUCUGAGAGUUUGAGGCUGGCCGAACCAACCGGGGCCAGAACCUACUUCGAGAUGAAGGUGGACAGGUGUGCAGAUUACACAGAGGAACGCUCCAGCAGCACCAGCACCGGCCCACAGGAAGAGGUCUGGGGCCCCAAGAACGACACCAUGACUCUGGAGUUCCUCAUGGACCGACCCGCUGAGCCCACAUUCAUUCAGGAGAGGAAACACCUGCACGCCGUAGAGGUGACUCAGCAGUUCUUUGACGCCGUGUCGGCUCAGCUGGAGCGCUGGUGCUCCAGGAAGAUCCUGGAGGUGGAGUUCCAGUCGGAGCUCAGGGCCCGGGCGGAGAGGAAGGAGAUGCUGCAGCGAAUCAGAGAGCUGGAGGAGGAGCUUCACCGGCUGCAGACCAAUGAGGAGAAAGAGAGCUUCCUGAGACCGAAGAAAUCAGAUUUUAAUUGAGUAUUGAUACAAAAAGGUCUGGCAGCAGAAUUUAGCUUCACGUUUGUUGGAGAUCUUCAUGUUUGUAUGGUUUUAUCAGGAGAGUCAGUUCAGACUAAAAGCUGAUCCUGAUGGAUUUCACUUUGUCUCCAGUAGAUGAGGUUUCAAAGGGGAUGUUCAUCACAUUUUUUGCACAAAAUCAGUUUUAGAUAUUUCUGCCUGUUUUGAGCUC